AUGAGAGCGUUGAUUAUCCUAAUUUCAAUCUUCGUUGGAACAUGCUCGCACUAUCAUCAUGGUCCCACUUCUCGAAGAAGAGAAUACACCAGAAAGCCCCAUCUCCGGAAACCUUUCCAUCAGUUUUGGGCAGACGGCUAUGCGGAUGUGGAGAUGAGAAGGCCUUUCACAUUUCAUGAAAUUCUCGACAGGAUCGGAAAUCCCGAGAUGUUCGAUUAUGAGCCAAAAUCAUACAAACCGCGAGAUCCUAGUGCGUUUUUCUGUUUACUACAGACCUAUGAACCUGCUGAAGUGUAA